CGCGCCAACCCAUCAUACAACCUGUAGGGCAUCCUGGCCACCUCCUACUUAAGCUCACGCACGCAAACCUACAGGUUGUCGAGAUUCCUGUCUUUCUUAAAUCUAGAUCUUAGAGGUAAACCAACUAGCCUUAAGAUGCCGUUUGACUUGGAGAGAGGGACUGGCACCUGGAAGCUUAGCAAGUAUUCCGACAACUUCGGAGAAAUCAUGGUGAAACUUGGUGUGCCGGCUGAGUAUAUGGACGCGUUCAAGGCAACAGAAGUCUCUAUAGAAUGCACGGUGUCUGGUAACACCUUUACUGACAAGGUCACCAUGAUGGGCAAAACCACCAUCAACACCUACACGCUUGGAGAGGAGUGUGAAGAAACAGACCAUACUGGCACCAAGCGGAAAGUGACCUACACCAUGGACGGAGACACCCUGGUUUACGUGUACCCCAGCCAUGAUGACGGGAAGGGGCUGGUGGUGCGUCAGACGCUCCGUUGGAUCGACGACAAGACCCUGCAUCAUACGUACAAUGUCGGUGAUCUUGAGGGAUGGUCCGAGGGGCAGAAGGUCUAGAUCUUGGGGAUGACCUCCAGCAACGCGUUUGGCUGCGGUCACCCCGUUUUGUACUACAGGAUGAUGUUGGACAAGCUUACAUCCCUUCGAGCAUUUACUCCUUUCUUUCUUCAAGAAAGUAAUGUUGUUUCUAAUAAAUCUUGUUUUGUUCCACACGCA